AUGGUUCGAAUUUGUAUGCUCACCCUCUUCCUUCUGACUACGCAGUUUCAUUGGUCAUAUACUCAUGGUUCUAGUGACACAGUUAGAAAGGCGUACAUUGUGUAUAUGGGAGAGGCACCACAGUCAAAAUCCUCUGCUAUUAAUCUUCAUCACAACUUGCUUUCUUCAGUUGUUAGUGAUGACCCUAUUGCCAAACAAUCCUAUAUAUAUAGCUACACAAAGAGUUUUAAUGCAUUUGCAGCAAACCUAUUGCCACAAGAAGUUCAAAGACUACAAGAGAACGAAAAUGUGGUAUCAGUGUUUCCUAGCAAAAUACGAAAACUUCAUACCACAAGAUCAUGGGAUUUCUUAGGAAUGCCUCAAUCAGUGAAGAGAAAUCAUCAAAUUGAAAGUAAUAUUAUUGUUGGUGUAUUAGAUACAGGAAUUUAUAUCAAUGCUCCAAGUUUUGACGACAAAGGAUUUGGACCUCCUCCUUCAAAAUGGAAGGGUACUUGCCAAGUAGGAGGCCACUUCACUAGCUGUAACAACAAGGUAAUAGGUGCAAGAUUCUACAGCCACGAUGCCCCCAUUCCCAACUCAAAUCCAUCCCCACUAGAUGACGACGGCCACGGGAGUCACACUUCGUCCACCAUAGCAGGUGCCUCGAUAGCAGGGGCGAGCUUAUAUGGUUUAGCCAAAGGCACAGCUCGAGGUGGGGUUCCAUCAGCACGCAUUGCAAUGUACAAGGUGUGUUGGGCAGGUGGUUGCAAUGAUAUAAACAUUUUGGCUGGGUUGGAUGAUGCCAUUAGUGACGGAGUAGACUUGAUAUCAAUAUCUAUUGGAGGGAUUUCUGAUAGCUAUUUUGAGGAUCCCAUUUCGAUUGGUGCCUUUCAUGCAUUGAAAAAGGGGAUUUUGACAACAUGUUCAGCAGGGAAUGACGGCCCAAGUCUGUAUACUGUGGUGAACACAGCUCCUUGGAUAUUGACUGUUGGUGCUUCUGGCAUGGAUAGGCAGUUUAGGAGUCUAGUUAAAGUUGGAAAUGGCAUACAAACUGAUGGAUUUUCUAUCAACACGUUUUCACCAAAAAGACGGUUAUACCCUCUAACCAGUGCAGCUAAAUCAGCCAAUGCAAGUUUAACGCAAUUGGGCAGGUUAUGUGAUGAAGAGAGUUUAGAUGCGAAAAAGGUCAAGGGAAAGAUUGUGCUAUGCAAAGAAGGACUAAUUCAAGAUUACGUUAAGCCAUUAGGCGUGUCCGGGGUGAUUGUAUCUCUCGAUCAGCAACAAGAUUCGGGCUUUACAUUUAUCAUCCCUGCUACCUUUGUUGAUACUAAUUUUGGUGACAAAAUUGAUACAUAUGUCAACUCAACCAAAAACCCUCAAGCUAUCAUAUACAAGUCUAGAGCAGUACGCAAUGCUGCUUCACCUUUUGUGGCUUCCUUUUCAUCCCGAGGUCCGAACACACUCUCUUCCACCAUAAUUAAGCCGGAUAUUAUGGCACCUGGAAUAGAUAUUCUAGCUGCUUACUCUAAACUUGCAUCAGUGACUGGGGAUCUUGAAGACAACCGGUUUGAUGUGUAUAAUAUAAUUUCUGGAACAUCAAUGGCUUGCCCUCAUGUGACUGCUUCCGCUGCCUAUAUCAAAACAUUCCACCCUAGAUGGUCUCCUGCUGCAAUCAAAUCGGCCUUAAUGACAACUGCAUCUGAAUUGAAAAUCAAGGAUGUCCAAGCUGAAUUAGCCUAUGGAGCCGGCCAAAUUGACCCAAUUAGAGCAGUGGAUCCCGGUUUGAUCUAUGACUUGUCAAAGGUCGACUACAUCCGCUUCCUAUGUAAUGAGGGUUACUCCGGAACAGCUCUACGAUUGUUCACUGAAGGGAACACAAAUUGCUCAAGUAUCCCUAACAUUGGAGGACAUGAUGCCCUAAAUUACCCAUCCAUGUACUUGCAACUUAAUAACCCUAAAUCUAGUAUAUCAGCCAUCUUUCAUAGGACAGUUAAAAAUGUUGGCUCGAAAAAAGCUAUAUACAAGGCAACUGUCAAGGCGCCAGCAAAUCUCAAGGUCACUGUUGUUCCAAAAGAACUAGCUUUUAGUCACUUGAACGAGAAAAAAUCUUUCACGGUUGUGAUACAGGGGCCACCAUUGAAAAAUAUUACUAGUGUAUCAGCAUCACUAGAAUGGAGUGACGCUAAGCACAGAGUUAGGAGCCCCAUCCUCAUUUUUCUGGCGAACUAG